UAUCACUCUCCAUGAGGCUGUCGCCGUGUGGAUCACGCUGCAACUGGAAAAAGUCGCUCUGGAAGUAACAAGAAGUUCGUUUUAACACACAUUUACGCACAGGGAGAAUGAUGGCACAACUUGCGGGUACAUGAUGACGUUUCUGACUCCUUGCAACUUUUGAGGGAAGUAGAAAAGAGAGAGCGAGAGAGACGGCCAGGGGUGGCGGACACAUGUGGUUUGGUGUAAAACGGAACCAGCCGGGUGUCCUCUCCCAGCAGCAGUGCGCUCCCCGCGGCCGCGCGUCGCUCCCCGGGAGGACCAUGCAUGGAUGCGAGGCUGCGCUGCAGGGAUGCUGCGCGCUGCUGCUGGCCGCGCUCUCCUGCGUCCUCCUCCUCCUCCCCGGCUGCACAGGUAACAUCACCGUGGCGGUGAUGCUCCCGGACAACCACCACAAGUACCCAUGGGCCAUGCCGCGCGUCUUCCCGGCCAUCCUCAUGGCGCACGAAGACCUGCACGGCAAACACAAGCUGCUGCUGGGCCGGACCGUGCACAUCCUCAACUACAGCACGGAGGACCCCGUGGCCGGUUCCUGCGCGGAGAGCCGCGCGCAGGUGCUGGCCGUGGACGCCAAACUGUACAUGCGUCCGGACGCGUUCUUCGGGCCCGGGUGCGUGUACCCGCUGGCCUCCGUGGGGCGCUUCGCGUCCCACUGGAAGCUGCCGCUGAUCACGGCCGGGGGGCCGGCGUACGGCUUCGACCAGCGGGAGGACUACCGCACCAUCGUGCGCAGCGGGCCGUCCACCACCAAGCUGGGGGACUUCGCCAACGUGCUGCACGCACACUUCAACUGGACGUCCCGGGCCGUGGUGAUCUUCCACGACCUGCGCAAGGACGACCGGCCGCACUACUUCCUCGCUGAGGGGGUUUUCCUGAACCUGAAGCAGGAAAACAUCACGGUGGCAGCCCGGCCCUACAUGGAGGACCAGGACUACAAGGAGCUGGUUGCUUUCAUGAAGGAAAGCGGGAGAAUCAUAUACAUCUGCGGGCCCCUGGAGACGUUCAUGAACAUCAUGAAGUGGUUUCAGAGUGACAUUCAGGACCCACAAAACUAUGCUAUCUUCUAUCUGGAUGUGUUUGCAGAGAGCUUGACUCAUCGUAAGCCGUGGCAGAACUCUAAAUUUGAGUCGAUCAAUCCCGAGGUUUUUAAGUCUGUUUUCAUCAUAACGUACCGUCCUCCAGAUAAUCCAGAGUACAGAGAGUUUCAGAGCAAACUCCAUGCCAGAGCUCAGAGGGAUUACGGCGUUCAUUUGAAACCGUCGCUGAUGGACUACAUAGCUGGCAGCUUCUACGAUGGUUUUGUGCUGUACGCCAUGGCCUUGGAUGAGACUCUGGCAGAGGGAGGAUCCCAGAACGAUGGCAUCAACAUCACCAUGAGGACGCAGAACCGCCGCUUCUGGGGAGUGACGGGACUUGUUUCCACGGAUGAGAAAAACGACAGAAACAUAGACGUGGACCUGUGGGCGAUGACCAACCAGGAGACAGGAGAGUACGGGAUUGUUGCUUACUACAACGGCACCAUCAAAGAGAUCUUUUGGUCCCAGACAGAGAAGAUCCACUGGCCCAGCGGUGGCCCGCCACCGGACAACCCCCCUUGUGUCUUUUCCACGGACGACCCUUCCUGCAAUGACGGUCACCUGCCAGUUCUGGGGAUCGUGGCCGUGGGAUCCGGCUUGGCGCUUAUCAUUUUUGGAAUCUCCAGUUUCCUCAUUUACAGGAAGCUGAAGCUGGAGAAGGAGCUGGCCGGGAUGCUGUGGAGGAUUCGGUGGGAGGACCUUCAGUUCGAAAGCCCUAAUAAAUACCACAAACGAGCCGGCAGUCGGCUGACCCUCUCACAGAGAGGCUCCAGCUACGGCUCCUUGAUAACUGCCCAUGGAAAAUAUCAGCUAUUUGCAAAAACUGGCUAUUUUAAGGGGAACCUGGUGGCCAUCAAACACGUCAACAAGAAGAGGAUAGAGCUGACAAGACAGGUCUUAAUGGAGCUCAAGCAUAUGAGGGACGUUCAGUUUAACCAUCUGACCAGGUUCAUCGGGGCCUGCAUCGACCCUCCCAACAUCUGUAUCGUCACAGAGUACUGCCCCAGAGGCAGCCUGCAGGACAUUUUGGAGAAUGAGAGUAUUAACCUGGACUGGAUGUUCCGCUACUCGCUGAUCAAUGACAUCGUGAAGGGAAUGAACUACCUCCACAACAGCUACUUUGGCUGCCAUGGAAAUCUGAAGUCAUCUAAUUGCGUGGUGGACAGUCGAUUUGUUUUGAAAAUCACAGAUUAUGGCUUGGCCAGCUUCCGCUCAUCCUGCGAAAAUGAUGACUCGCACGCGCUGUACGCAAAGAAGCUGUGGACAGCUCCCGAGCUGCUCAUAUACGACCACCAUCCUCCUCAGGGGACUCAGAAGGGUGAUGUGUACAGUUUUGGCAUCAUACUGCAGGAAAUAGCUCUGAGGAAUGGGCCUUUCUAUGUGGAAGGCAUGGACCUCAGCCCGAAAGAGAUUGUACAGAAGGUGAGGAACGGUCAGAAACCGUACUUUCGGCCGACAACAGACAACAAGUGCCACUCAGAAGAGCUGACCAUCCUCAUGGAGGGAUGCUGGGCUGAAGAUCCUGCAGAGAGGCCUGACUUUGGCCACAUCAAGAUCUACAUGGCCAAACUAAACAAGGAGGGAAGCACCAGUAUUCUUAACAACCUGCUGUCCAGGAUGGAGCAAUACGCCAACAACCUGGAGAACCUGGUGGAGGAGCGAACUCAGGCCUACCUGGAGGAGAAACGGAAAGCAGAAAACCUCCUCUAUCAAAUUUUACCCCAUUCAGUAGCGGAGCAGCUGAAAAGAGGUGAGACUGUGCAGGCGGAAGCUUUCGACAGUGUCACCAUUUACUUCAGCGACAUCGUGGGCUUCACAUCCAUGUCUGCGGAGAGCACGCCCUUACAGGUUGUCACAUUGCUCAAUGAUCUCUACACGUGUUUCGAUGCCAUAAUUGACAACUUUGAUGUUUACAAGGUGGAGACCAUUGGCGAUGCCUACAUGGUGGUGUCCGGGCUGCCGGUGCGGAACGGCAAGCUUCAUGCGAGGGAGAUCGCCAGCAUGUCGCUCGCUUUGUUAGAGCAGGUCAAAACAUUCAAGAUCCGACACAGACCAAACGACCAGCUGAGACUCAGGAUAGGUAUACACACAGGUCCGGUGUGCGCCGGUGUGGUUGGGUUGAAAAUGCCCAGAUACUGUUUGUUUGGAGAUACUGUCAACACAGCGUCCCGGAUGGAGUCCAAUGGAGAGGCCUUAAAGAUCCAUCUCUCCUCGGCAACCAAAGGAGUGCUGGAUGAGUUUGGUUACUUUGACCUUCAGUUACGAGGAGACGUAGAAAUGAAGGGCAAAGGCAAAAUGACAACGUACUGGCUUCUCGGGGAGAAGACCGACGUGUACGUUAUCUGAGAGGCCUGCUGACCGCGUGGCAGCAGGAAUGGAGCCGGCGGCGGGAGCUCCGGUGGCUGAGCCGCUACUUUAUUUGUUCUAGAAUAAGUCCAUAACAGUGAUUUCACUGCAGAUGAAAGGAAAAUUAACAACCUACGACAAAUGCAGAGGGAUUUCCAGGUAUUUUUAUUACCUGUAUACUGUAACUGAAAAAAAAAGAAUAUUUUGUUCAAUAAACUUAGUAAAACACUCUUUUUUUCACGUGUGGAUUAGGCAGUAUUUUUAUAUUCAUGUUUUUUCUUUUGUGAAUUGUUACUGAUAGAUAUAACUUGACAAAGAUUAAAUAUAAAAUGCUCAAA